ACAUACCAAAAAAAUUAAUGAAAUAAAAUAAAGAGUUUAAGCAUAAGAAGCUUGAUAAGAGAAUCGUAGAAUAAUAAUUAAUUAAUAGUUGAGGUUGCAAGACUUGCUCAUUAAAGAAGAAACUAGAUAAAUUUGAAGAUGGAAAUAUCCAUAUGCUAGUGGUAUUUAUAUAGAAAGAGUAUAGUUGUGGAGAAAGAAGAAAUUAAUUAGGAAGUGAAAUAUGAAGAGUGGUAAGAGAGAAAUGGAGAAGAAAUCAGAAAUAAGUUGUGUCAUUGAAGAGCUUUCUAUGGUGAUAAUAGUUAAACCUUGUGGAGAAAAUCAUGAAGUUGCUCAUAUUCCAAUUAAGCCUUUUCUCUCUAUAUGUUAUUUGAUUCUACAAAUUCUUGAUAAAAUUGGGCCAACAAUGGCUGUUUUGAGACAAGAUGUGUUCCAAAAUAUCAAGAGAUUGGAACUGAUGCAUGAAUCAAAUCCAACAAUGAUUUCAAAUAAUUUGGUUGAAAUAUUAAAAUUAGAAGCAACAGAAGGCAAUGCAAAGAAGGGGUCUAGCUGCAGUAAAGCCUUUGUUUGGCUCACAAGGACCUUGGAUUUCACCUCGUCAUUGUUACAAAUAUUAUCAAAAGAUCCAGAUAAGAAAAUGGACAAAAUAGUUGAAGAAUCUUAUGAUGUAACAUUAAAACCGUGGCAUGGAUGGAUUUCAUCAACUGCAUCAAGGGUGGCUCUAAAAUUAGUUCCAGAAAAUAAAACAUUCAUCAAUCUCCUUAAGACUGAAGAUGAAGACGGUGAAAUGUUGAACCAUAAAAUGCAGAUAUUGGGUUCUCUGCUUGUGCCUUUUCUUGAAGAUAUUCACUGUAUUUUAAGAUUGUAUAACUUGGACAAGCUGAAAUCAACAUGAAGUUAAUAUAAAAGUCAUACUUCUUACGGUUCUUAUUAUAAAAAAAAAUUAAAUUUAUAGAAUAUUUGAUGAAUUUAGUGUAUAAUAUGAACCAAAUUCAUCAAAUAUUCUGUAAACUUAAAAACUGAAUAUUUUCUUAUAAUAAGAAUCAUGGGAAGUAAUAUAGUAAUAAUUCGAUUUGUGUAUUUUAGCUUCCUUCUUUCGGUAUUUUUCUUUUUCAUUGAAAUUCGGUUAUUGCUUCUUUCAGUCGAUUUCAUGUAAAUGCAGUGUAAAUAUCGUGUAUGUAUACUAAAAGGUUUGAACUUUGAAACGAACAUCAAUUUUUUUUUCUUAUAUAGGAGUAUAUGCUUUGGGCUUCAAAA